AUGGCAGCAGAGGUGAAGGCAUUUGAGGUUCAAAGUCAACGCACAGAAAAGGCCCGAAGGCAAGCCCGGGCGCCAUCCGCGAGCUAUCUGGAUUCCAUUCGCACGUUCAUUCUGAACCACCCGGUCCUACAUUGUAUACCGCAACAGAUAGAUUCCCUACACCAAGUGUGGUCCCUCCUGUCAGAACGAAACGAUGAUAUUGCCCACCUGUCCAAGGGUCGCCCAUACGCUGACUAUCUUAUUGAGUGGCUCCGGUCCGGUGCCUCGGAGGCGGUGGCCUUGACAUCCUCAGGGAUCGUGGCCCUACCCCGUCUAGCAAUCAUUCAAAUCACACAAUACUUCCAGUAUCUCGAAAACCAAGGACUUUCCCACGCGGAAUUCAUCGCCCAGGUUCGUCGCCGCGGAGGCAUCCAAGGGUACUGCGGAGGGCUGCCCGCAGCAAUUGCGCUCGCCAGCGCUUACGACGAGCAUGACCUCGUACAGUCAAUCUGCACGGCGAUCCGGCUGGCAUACGCCAUUGGACUGUACGCAGAACUGGGGGAUGACUCCGACAUUCCCGGCACGACUACCAUGGUAGUUCGCUUGAAGCACGAGGGGCAGGCGGAGGAAUUACUUCGUGGGUUUCCAAAUGUGCACAUAUCAGCCAUUACAGAUCCCAAAUCAGUCAGCCUGGUCGGUACAGUGGACCAGAUCAGGGCCCUCCAGGUUCUGGCCACUCAACAGCGUCUCCUAACCCAGAACAUGGAUAUUCGUGGCAAGACGCACAAUCCUGAGAACGCUCAGCUAUCCGAGGAGCUCGCCGCCAUCUGCGUGGGCUCUUGCCUGCUCGACCUUCCGGGGCCUGAUCGAAUGCACGCACCAGUGCGCACGAAUCGGACAGGAGAGCUUAUCACCCACGGCUCCACGACCGAGGAGAUUGUCAAAACAGUGCUCGCAUCCCGUUGCGAAUGGUAUCGGUUGCUCGAGUACGUGGCUGAAGACCUUAAGGCAUCUGGCCAGGACUCACACACUGUGGUCUCCUUUGGCAUCGGAGACUGCGUGCCUCUCAUGCCCUUUCACCGACGGAAUCUUCAAGUGACAAAGAUCACUUGGGGUACAACUACUAAGCCAGACUCUCCAAGUUCCAAUACUGGAAUGCGAACGGAGAGGAGCUUCACCAGCGAGUCAGAAUAUGCAUACCCGGAAGAUGCCGUCGCGGUCAUUGGCGCUUCAUGUCGCCUGCCUGGGGCAGAUAAUCUCGAGCAGCUGUGGGCACUGCUAUCCACGGGGCAAGACCGACACGAGGAGAUCCCGAAAGAUCGGUUCGAUCUGUACGGGGGAUGGCGAGCGUCCCAGUCUGGUAGUUUCUGCAAGACACGCCGCUUCUAUGGGAACUUCCUGGGAGAUUCUACGAUCAAGCAGUUCGACCAUGCGUUCUUCGGAAUCAAUGCACGCGAGAUGGCUAACAUGGACCCCCAACAGCGUCUGCUCCUGGAGCUCAGCUACGAGGCGAUGGAACUCUGCGGAUAUAUGCGGAGCCACAUCCGCGACCGAAACGAUCCUAUCGGCUGCUUUAUCGGUGGCAGCUUUGUCGAGUAUCUGGACAACACCAAUGCCCAUCCGCCGACCGCAUAUACUUCGACUGGCACCAUCCGUGCCUUCCUCUGUGGCCGACUGAGUUACCACUUUGGAUGGUCCGGCCCGGCGGAGGUCAUCGACACGGCAUGCUCCUCUUCCUUGGUCGCAGUCAACCGUGCUGUCAAGGCAGUCCAGCGCGGCGAAUGCUCGAUGGCUCUGGCAGGUGGCAUCAACUUGAUUACUGGGGCCAACAACUUUCUCGACCUUGCACGUGCUGGAUUCCUUAGCCCAACGGGUCAGUGCAAGCCGUUUGAUAAGGAUGCUGACGGAUACUGUCGUUCGGAGGGUGCUGGGCUAGUAGUUCUCAAGUCUUUGAAGCAGGCACAGGCGGACGGCGAUCAUAUUCUCGCCGUGAUCACUGCAGCGGCCACAAACCAGGGCGGGCUCUCCUGCGGUAUUACGGUACCGGAGCCCAAGGCCCAAAGCCAAUUGUAUCAGUCCGCAUUAAGGCAGGCCAAUAUCCUCCCGGAUCAGAUCACCUACGUCGAGGCACAUGGCACUGGAACCCAGGCCGGUGACCCCAUUGAGGUGGCCAGUGUUCGUUCUGUGUUGGGGAGUCCAAGCAGAACCCAUGAGCUCCAUUUAGGAUCCAUCAAGGGCAAUAUCGGUCAUUGCGAGACAGCGGCAGGAAUAGCCGGGCUUCUCAAGGUGAUCUGCAUGUUACAGCAUAACCGGAUUCCUCCACAGGCUUCGCAUCGCCCCUGGGCCGCACCUUUCAAGGCGGCGCUGGUGAAUUCAUAUGGGGCGGCUGGUUCAAACGCAGCGGUGAUUUGCUGUGAGCCGCCACGGCCGCGGGCCUCUCUCGACUGGCCUAUAACCAACCAGAGACAUCCCAUCAUUCUAAGUGCCGCGACGGCGACAAGCCUCCGACGAUAUCAAAGGGCUCUCGUCAGAUACCUCACCAGUGCCGAUUCACCGAAGCCUUUGCUUGGAGAGAUCGCCUACACCUUGAGCGAGAUGCGCCAGCGACACAAGCACUUCUUCACUUUCGAGGCGACGGACAACAAGGAUUUGCUGCAGAAACUAGGAAGCGCCGACAAGGAUCAACCCCCUAUCCGCGAGCGGCUGUCGAUGUCUCCAAUCCUACCUCCAGUGGUCCUCAUGUUCGGCGGGCAAAGCCGACAAACACUCGGCCUUCCAAGACAAUUCUAUGACCGGUUUCCCUUGUUUCGAACCUACCUGGACCAAUGCAACGAUAUUCUGCAAGAGUUACAGUACCCUCCAAUUUUUCCUGCCGUCUUUGAUACAGAAACUCAGUCAGAUAUUGUGGUUUUGCAAACAGGGUUUGUUGCCGUGCAAUAUGCUAGUGCCAGGACCUGGCUAGACGCUGGCCUCCGGGUCAACGCGCUCAUCGGACACAGCCUAGGCGAGCUGACAGCCCUCGCAGUGAGCGGUGUAUUGGAUCUCCGGAGCUGCCUUCGACUGGUGGCCGCUCGGGCAACUCUGAUGAGGACCCGCUGGGGCCCGGAUAAAGGCGCAAUGCUAGCUGUUUUUGCGCGUCGGGAUCAGGUUGAAGAGACUCUGUCUGAUUCAAAUCGGGCCCGGGCGCAAGAUACCCCUUCUUUGGAAAUCGCAUGCUACAACUCAGAAACGAGCCAUGUAGUCUCAGGCCCCGCGAGCGCCAUUGAAGAGCUGAAGGCACGAUUAGACGUGAAGGCAAUCAAAUGGAUGCGAGUCGAUACCAGUAAUGGGUUUCACUCACCGCUAGUGGACCCAAUUUUGGCAGAGCUUGAGAAAGAAACAGCAAAUUUGGACUGGCAGUCGCCAAAGAUUCCUAUCGAGCUGUGCCGGGAAGAGGAGGAGUCCUCCGUCCGUCCUUUCAGUCCAUCUGAUCACGCUAGAAAAGCAGUGUUCUUCAUGAGUGCCGUCAGGCGCACCGAGCGCAGACUCGGUGGCUGUAUCUGGUUGGAGGCAGGCAUGGAUACGCCUGUCAUUGCCAUGACGAAGCGGGCGGUAGCAAGCAAGACAGCAGCCAGCCAAUCUCACGUCUUUGUGGCAACAACGACCAAAGAUGAGGCGCUGGCUUCCAACGCCAUUUCUACGGCGGUGACAGAGCUAUGGGCCUGCGGGGUGGAUGUCACUCCUUGGCUGUUUUUGGAUCGACGUAGCCCAGCAUGGCUGCCUCCGUAUCAGUUCGACGAGACCAUUGGCUGGUUGCCCAACAUUGACCGGGCUGCAGAGUUACAAAAGCAAAUCGAGAGUCGCCCGCAUAUCACAGUCAAGGAUAAUCCCCGACAGAAGGACGAGGAGACACUAGUAUCGAUGAUCCCCUCGACCGAUGACAAACAGAAAAAGUUCAGUAUUUCUGUCCACAGCGAACGAUUCCGCCGCAUUGUAUGCGGGCAUGUAGUCUGUCAGCGCGCACUAUGCCCGGCUUCGGUAUAUCUAGAAUGUGUCACGAUGGCCCUGGACCUUCUAUUCGCAGGGGAUCAAGCGCGUGAAAAGAACCAGGCGCGUCUGGAAUUCGAAGCCCUUGACAUCCAGUCCCCACUUGGACUUGCUGGGCACCAUACCGAGAUCAUCCUGGAAGAGCUGGCUCCAAACCAACACUGGCAGUUCACAGUCUGCAGUCAAGAACCCACAAAGAAGACGGCCACGUCUCACGCCAAGGGCCGAGUUAUGCGAUUGAAGGAAGCUACCUCGUCAACGAAGCUGGAAACCAUGGCACGGCUCCUGGGGCCGCGGGUGCAGGAAAUGGCUACCGAUGAAGAAUCGGAGCGGAUGCUGUCAAAACGAGUGUAUGGCAUGUUUUCCCGCGUGGUCGACUACGCCCCUUUUCUCAAGGGUAUCUCAAGGAUCCUGAUCCGUGGCCACGAAGCAGUGGCAAGAGUAACUAUUCCUGGAGAUGGCCAACCCGCGCGAAAUCAGAGUACUGCAGUGGCCACGUGCGAUGCGGUCACAUUGGACAAUUUUAUUCAAGUGAUCGGAUUGCUGAUGAAUACCGACGACAUGGUAGGUGAAACCGAGGUCAUGGUAUGUACAGGCAUUGACUCGACGAUGCUUGCACCCACCUGCAAUUUGCUCCAGUGCAGUUCCUGGAAGGUCUAUGCCUCGUAUGUGCCCACUGGCCCCUCACAAGCGCUCGGUGACGCAUUUGUCUUUGCCCCUGAUGACACAGUCAUGGCCGCUUUCGUGGGAUGUCGUUUUGCCAAACUGGACAUGUCCCGUCUAGCGCGACUGCUCGAUACGGCGAACAAGACCCCCAAAGCACGAACGGCUUCGACACAGAGCGCUCCUCCAUCGCCAGGUCUAGUUGACCGCGAAACACCACCAGACCUUGUCUCGGAUAGGAGCAGCGAUGACGAGUCACCAGAUACACCCGGCUCAGACGCAAGCUUUAGGAUUGCGGGCCUCCGGGAGAUGUUUGAAACUUACACCGGGGUAUCCAAGUCUCAGGUGCUUGAUGGAGCGAUGUUGAUGUCUGAACUUGGCUUAGAUUCUUUGGCGGCCACAGAGAUGGCUGAGGAACUACAAUCAUCCUACGGGGUAAUCAUCAACAGCCAAGAUCUUGUGUCCACCAGUAUUCAAGAACUCGAGGGCCGCGUCAGUGGCCCUCCAUCUCACAAAUCGACCAAAAAGGAGAGCCGGGCCGUUCAGAGCUCGUCUGAGAAACAAACCAAAUCCGUUGCGGAGGCUGCUGACCCAUCUCACCUUGCUCAGAUGCUGGCCGAUUUAUUGAUUGAAACCACGGGGUGUUCUCCCUCCAGCAUCAAACCAUCAGUGACCCUAGAAGAGCUGGGAGUGGACUCGUUGGCACUCACAGAAGUUUUGGCCUCCCUAACCGACGAAGCCGGUGACCAUCCCGGUCUUUCAUUCGACGGUAUCUCACUGCAAUCAAAGAUUGAAAAUGUUCACCUGGCGAUCAGUGUCACAAGAAGCCAGGCCAGUGCCAAAGCGGAGGAGACAACUCCAGACGUCCAACAAAAGCCGAUCUACAGCGCUGCCAACUCAACAACGGGCUAUAACUUCAACCGGCUCCAACUUGAUCCCAUUGCAGGAUUAAACUCGGCAAAUCUUGGUUUCCAGGGCGCGGCAGAGGCCCGUCGCUUCCUCAAUUACUGGAAUGAUGUGGCGCUUCACCAAGGCCGAUUGACCCUGGCAUACAUUGUCGAAGCGUGGCGAUCUUUGGGCGUGGACCUGGCCACCCUCGCUCCGGGGAAUCCAGUGGCGCCCGUGCAAUAUCAGCCUAAAUAUACCCAGCUCAUGAAGCGACUGGAGGCGAUCCUGGUAAAGCACGGAGUCCUCGUGAAGGACUCAAGCACGUUAGCCUUUGUGCGCGGCCCCAAUCCAGUGCCGAGUGCAUCCUCCUCACAGUUACACCAAGAGUUUGUUUUCCAGUACCCUGCCUAUGCGGGCGAAGCCCAUCUCAUGGCCUUGACGGGCCCUUCACUCGCUCCAGUUUUGCGAGGCACUGCAGAUCCCAUCAAACUUCUGUUUGGCACUGCCAAGGCAGGCCAGAUUCUGGAGGAGUACUACCAUCACUCACCCAUGUUAUCUACCCUGACGGACCAACUGGUGACUUUCAUAAUGGGGUCCAUCUCGUCCACACCAGCACAGGACGGCUCUCAUGGCAAGCUCCGUAUUCUGGAAGCUGGCGCAGGUACUGGCGGCACCACCGUGCGCUUGGUGGAACGUCUAGCGCAAUCUGGCGUGCCCGUCGAAUAUGUCUUCACGGAUAUCUCACCAAGUAUGGUUUCCAAGGCCAAACAGAAAUUUGCAGCCACCUGCCCCUGGAUGCGAUUUGAAAAGGUGGACCUCGAACAGCCAGUUCCAGAGCAUCUCAAGGAGCGGUUCGAUAUUGUCAUUGGAACCAACUGUGUGCAUGCCACGAGCGACCGCGUGCGGACCACCCGGCACAUCCGCGAGAUGCUGCACGACCGAGGCUUCCUGGUGCUCUCGGAAGUAACCCGCAUUAUCGACUGGUACGACUUGGUCUUCGGUCUGUUAGACGGCUGGUGGCUUGCCGACGGCGGCACAUCAUACCCUCUCCAACCAGCGGACAGUUGGAUGACCGCGUUCCGCCAGGCCGGAUUUCGCUCGACCUUCUUCACCGAGAGUGAAUCGGAAGACUCGAAUACACAACAGCUAUUAGUUGCGAUCAAAUCAUCUUCCAACCCCAACCAGCCAGACCGCUUGCCAGUUAUCUACAAAAAGGUAGAUGGCAUCUCCAUCGGAGCCGAUGUUUUCCUCCCUCCCACUUCUGCUGCGCGUUCCAUGGGUGUGGCCAUUAUGAUCCACGGAGGGGGACAUAUGACCCUCUCCCGCAAGGCAAUCCGGCCGGGGCAGAUUGCUCACUUGUUGGCCCAAAACAUGCUCCCCGUCAGCAUCGAUUACAGGCUCUGCCCCGAGACAAACGUCAUUGACGGUGCUAUGGCCGACACCCGCGAUGCCGUGGUCUGGGCCCGCCGGUUCCUUCCAGGCUUUCUCAAAGACCAUGGGAUUCAGCUCGACCCUCAGCGUCUGGUAGUGGUUGGCUGGUCCACUGGCGGCCACCUGGCCAUGUCCACGGCAUGGACGCUCAGAGGCUACGACGCUCCCCCGGCCGCGAUCCUCGCUUUCUAUGCACCGACCGAUUUUAAUUCACCGGACGCGUUCGACUACCGUGGUAAACCGCGGCCCUCGAUGACGGGCGGCAUGACUCGUGAGGAGAUCCGGGCUCUUCCACUGGCAUCAACUCCCACCUCCUCUCACCACGUUACCGGGCCAAUUGACCAGCCCGAGGUCAGCUGGCUACAGGCAGGCGAUACUCGAUCCGAGCUCCUCCUUUCUCUCUUGCGGGAGACCCGUGACUACGGCCUUUCAUUGAUACUGAAUGGUCCCUCUUCUUCUUUGCCCCCUUUGAAGAGAACGAUCGGCUCCCUGCUCGACCAGGCCGCCUCCCCGGAGCGCACGGCAUAUAUCUGUCCCACAUCGCAGCUGCGAGCCGGUGAGUACCACGUGCCGACCUUUCUCAUCCACGGCGAGCGGGAUGAGCUUGCUUCGUUCAGUGCAGCGGAGCGGUUCCACAGCUUGCUACAGAAAAUUGGUGUCCAAACUGGGUUUUUGGCUGUCCCUGACGGUAGUCAUAUUCAUGAUGUCGGAUUGCGGCCAGGAAUGCCGAAGUGGGAGCAGUAUGUCGCUCCCGGAUACGCGUUCCUACAACGGAUUUUGGAUUGCGCGUGA